AUGAGCGAUGUUGUCCUCACCUCGCUGGCCACCCUGCGAACCUCCGAUGGAGGAAGCGUCGCGGUCUUCAAGGACAAGCUCAGUGCGUGCAGCGAGUACUUCGAGUCACUCUUCAACGGGCCGCUCUCCAAGGCGAGCCAAGGUGACUUCCUCAUCCCCGGGGUGACGAAGGAAGAACUGCAGGCCAUCGUUGCGUACGCCAGCACGGGAGACGUGGCAAUCACUGCCGACAACGUGGCACACCUGACCGUCGCGGCGGAUCAGCUACUCGUCGACGGGCUCCUCGGCGAGUGCUGCGCGUUCAUGUCGCGCAACGUGGACCUCGACAACUGCGUCAGGGUUCUAGAGAUGGCGCGCUUUUUUCACCUCGAACCGCUGCACAAGCUGGCGCUCCGCUUCCUGCUCGACAACUUCGAGCGGGUGUACUCGGAAAAUUUCGACUUCCGCAGUCUGAGCCUGCAGAACUUGGUGGAUUUGCUCGAGUCGGACGAACUCAAGGUACGACGCGAGGAGACCGUCUGGGAAGCGACCGUGUUUUGGAUCAAGUCCGAUCCCAAGGAACGCAGUGUGUAUCUGGACAAGCUGCUGCCGCACAUCCGUUUCUGCCUCAUGAAGGGCAGCUACCUGAGAAAGGUGGUCAUGCGCAACUCUUUCGUCGCCAAGAACAUGUUCUGCAAGACGGUCGUCAAGCGAUGCUACAAAAUUCAGCAGUCGGGACGUGACGCGUGCCUAUUAAAUCCCACCCACAGCAUGUUCGUGCAGAGGGUGCCUGCCGAGAUCAUGUUCGUGUACGGCGGCAUACACCGCGGCUACAAGAGCAACACCUGGGAGGUGUACGACUACAAGACCAAUGAGUGGAACACCGUGCAGACGGACUUCAGGCAGGACCUGGUCUUCGGCCUGCAAUGCGUCUCGGUUGGUCACAGAAUCUACGUCAUGGGCGCUGACAUCGCGAGGCUGUGCCCGUUCUGUUACUGCUUCGAUGCAGCUGCCGUGAAGUGGUCGGCCAUAAAGCCGAUGAGGCAACUGCGGGCUUUCUUCGGUAUAGCCGUCCUCGGCGACUGCGUGUACUGCAUCGGCGGUUCGCCCAACGGCAUCGUCACGCUGGACACCGCCGAGGAGUACGACACCGCCACAGACACUUGGCGUACCGCGGGCCGCAUGAACCACCCUCGGCUCGGGGCCAGCGCAGCCUCUUGCGCAGGCCGCGUCUACAUCGUUGGCGGCAUGUCUACGGAGAAGCUUCUUCGUUCGGCCGAAGCGUACGAUCCCGAGACUGACAAGUGGACGAUCAUAGCGCCGAUGAAGACUGAGCGGCUCUUCCACGGUCUUGUAUCGUACAGGAACAAAAUCUACGUCAUUGGCGGACUCUCGAGAAAGUCGAGCGUGUGCGAAGUCUACGACCCUAAAAGUGGGAAGUGGUCUAAAGGCUCGAAGACCAAGACCUUCACGGACAAGGUCGUCGCCGUGGUUCUGGACGACAAAAUCUACGCGAUUGGCGAGGCCAACCAGAAGGACUACAAGCGUUGUCUCGAGUACUUCUCGGGUGAUGACCGGAAAUGGCACGCCAUACCGGGCUUCGCGCCUCCUCGCUGGUUCUACACAGCCUGCGUGAUCAAGAACCUGCCCAACGCUAUGGACUACAUCAACAGGCCAAAGGAAAUGGACUACAAGUGUGCUUGCGCUGUGCUUUAG